CCCUUUGUGUUUUAUCCGACUGACAGCUUCGAGCGUCGGCCAUUUUGCAUAUAAAAGUUUUUGGAGUUUUAUAAUUUCUGUGUUUUUGCCCCCUGUAAAUACAAUUUGUUACAUUUAUGAUACACCGUGGAACAGUUUAGGGUUCAUUUUAGUGCAAAGUACUGAAAGGUUAAGCAUAGGUAUACGAUAAGUGUGUGAAAAAUAAGCUUGAACUUUGUGUAUACAACUUCGGAAGAUCCCCAACGCAGAAGGAUAUGGAGGAUCCCAAUAGGAUGAUGGCACACGCUGGUGCUGGCUUAAUGGGGCCCCAGGGCUAUGGGAUGCCAGGGCAGGGUGAUGGGAGUCAGACGGGUGGUGAGAAUGAGGUGCGUAAACAGGACAUUGGGGAGAUUCUGCAGCAAAUCAUGAACAUCACGGAUCAAUCUCUGGACGAGGCACAAGCCCGGAAGCACACCCUCAAUUGCCACCGCAUGAAACCGGCCCUUUUCUCCGUUUUGUGCGAAAUCAAAGAGAAAACUGUUCUGUCCCUUCGUAAUACCCAGGAAGAGGAACCACCAGAUCCUCAGUUGAUGCGUCUGGAUAACAUGUUGAUAGCUGAGGGAGUGGCUGGGCCAGAGAAGGGUGGUGGAGCCGGUGCGGCUGCAAGUGCAGCAGCAGCGAGUCAAGAUCUCUCGCUAGGCAUCAACUCUGACAAUGCCAUUGAGCAUUCGGAUUAUCGGGCAAAGUUGGCACAAAUCCGUCAGAUCUAUCAUCAGGAGCUGGAAAAGUAUGAACAAGCGUGCAAUGAGUUCACCACGCACGUCAUGAAUCUUUUGCGAGAGCAGAGUCGUACAAGACCUAUUACUCCUAAGGAAAUUGAGCGUAUGGUUCAAAUCAUUCACAAGAAGUUCAGUUCCAUUCAGAUGCAGUUGAAGCAGUCGACUUGUGAAGCUGUGAUGAUUUUGAGGUCACGGUUUCUGGAUGCCCGACGAAAGCGUCGUAAUUUCAGCAAACAAGCUUCGGAGAUUCUCAAUGAGUAUUUCUACAGCCACCUGAGCAAUCCCUAUCCUUCUGAGGAGGCAAAAGAGGAAUUGGCCAGAAAAUGCGGCAUUACUGUGUCACAAGUUUCCAAUUGGUUUGGCAACAAGCGAAUUCGCUACAAGAAGAACAUUGGAAAGGCCCAAGAGGAGGCCAAUCUCUAUGCGGCCAAGAAAGCAGCUGGCGCUUCACCCUAUUCAAUGGGUGGUCCUCCAAGUGGUACAGCUACUCCCAUGAUGUCACCAGCUCCUCCACAGGAUUCAAUGGGCUACUCCGGUGGCUAUGACCAUCAGCAACCGUAUGAUGGUAGCAUGGGCUAUGAUCCCAUUAUCCAUCAAGACGUAAGCCCUUGAGGGAAUUAUUUCUGAGCCAAGGUAAGCACAUGAGUUAUUACAUUUUUUUUGUAAGAGAGAAAAUAUGUAGUGAGAAAUCCCUGAAAAAAAUUUUAAUUAUUAUAAAUUUUGAUUCACAAUCACUUAAUUUAUAGUGAAAAGAAAAAGAGAAAAAAACACAUAAAAAUGAUGGAGAAAAAAAAACAUUUACAUUUUAUUAAUUAGGAUGAAAGAGUAAAACUUUUUAAUAAAUAAGUGGUGUCCACGGAGAAAAAAAUGAUACAAAUCAUACACUCAACUGUGGGUAAUUCAUGCAAAACUGUGGAUUUUCAAUAAUUCAUAUUUUUCUUUUAGCAAUGAUUGAUAUACGUACAAUUUUUAUUUUUAAUGUCUUUUAGGGGUUGAAUUUUGUUUUAGAGAAAAUUUCUAUUGCUAAUUGUUUGUUUCUAUAGUUGGAUAUUUUAUUUUGUUCAAUUCUUUCGUUACGUAUCAUGAAGACAAAAAGGUAUUUUCAUGCACGAAAAAAAAAGAAAUAGUGGUGAUAUUCCAUUGAGAAUCGUAAAAGGGAAAGCUUUUUUUUAGUACUUGACUGUUCUAAUAUUUUUCAGCGUUAUGGACUUUUAUUUUGUUUGGUUUCUGUCACGACUGUUCCCCAGGCUUCAUCGUGUUCUAAAAUCACUAAACAGUCGUGAAAGACACCAACACAAAGAAAAAGUCGAUAAUGUAGACGCACUUGAGAACAUUCAUGUACUAAAAAAGAGUGUUUAGGAGAAAGAUGUCUCCUUUUCAUUGGAAUAUCACCAUAAGUCAAUUUUUUUCAUAAAGGAGAAUAUAAAGAAAAAUUGUGACUAAAAAAAAAAAUUAAAAAUGAUAAAUUCUACACAUAUGAAAACAUGUAUACCAUUACUAAUGAGUAAAAAAAAUCUUAUUUGAUUAUUAAAGUAAAAUGUAAUUCUAUGAGAAGAGAAUAUCUUUUAAAUUAACGGUACAAGUAUUUAAAAAUUAUACCUUCUAAAAUUUAUUGAUAAAAAAAAUCGAUCUUGAUCUAUUAUACGGAUUAUACGUUUAAAAUUUCACGUGACGAUUCUAAAAAAAAAAUAAUAUGCAUAGUUUUUUUGGGGUUUGUUCUUUGGACUAAUGUUGGAUUUCUUUUGGUCUUCCAACAAUUCUUUUUUAAGUUAAACCUACACAACGCUAAAAUAAUAGGGAAUUUGUUUGGUUGUGUACAGUGCACUAAAAAAUCUACGCAAAUCCGGAAAUAUUUACAAAAAAUAAAUAAAAUGUAUACUAUAGUUUUUUAUAUCUGCAAAAUAUUAAUUUUUACGUUCUUCCAACAAUAGUAUACUGCUAAAGUAAUAAUUGAGAGCAAAAAAACUAAUUGAAUAAAGUAUACAAAAUUGUGCAUUAAAAAAAAAAGAUAAACUAAAAAAAAGAAGAAUCUGUAGGAGGUGUAUUGUUUAGAAGACAAAAACAAUUAUAAAUAUCUGGGGAUAAAUUACUUAUUGAUAGAGGAAAAAAACUAAGAGACAGAAGUAAAGAGUAAAGCACAAAACACCACUUUUACAAAUUUAUUUCAGUGGAAAGUAAUGUAGUGAGAAAAUGUAAUUGAAAAGUCUAGAAUAGUAAGGAAUAUUUUAUAUUAGAACAUAGAAUAAAAUUACAUACAUAUUAAUUUAACAAUUUAGUAAGAUUAAAAUAGAAAUAAUGUAUUAAGAAGAAUUAGCAGCUGUGUCCGUGAGAAGUAAAAAAAAGGAAAAUAUUUUGCAAGGUGCAAUAAGACGAGGAAAACAAGUUUUUUUUUUGUAAGGAAACAAAAUAAAAGGAAAAAUCAUUUUAUUUCUGUGAAUCUCUGCAAUUCACAACAAUAAUGACACAAGUACUUACUAAUUAUUUUGCUGAUAAUAUUUAUAAUAUAAUACUUCGUACUAAAUUUAACAAAUAUCUAGUAAAAUAUACGACUAAUAGUUACAAAAAAUAAAUAAAAUACGGACAAUAUUUUGAGGAAAAGAAAAAAAUCCCAUGUUAUAUCCAAAACACAGUAUACGAUAAAUUUUAUAAAACGACAUUUCGAUUUAAAGAAAUAAAAAAAAAACCAACAUUUACAAUUCCUUAACUGUUUUCAAUGAAUCUCUGAAAUAACAAAAAAAAGAAAAUUCUUACUGUGUUUUUGGAUUUUGGUAUCAUUAAAAUAAUUUUUCUUCUGACCAUUCAGACUAUGCCCAGAAAAUUAUCCCACGAACAAAAGGUAUACUAUGAAUAAAACAAUAUAAAAUAUAUUUUUAAACAUUUUGUACGACAAAAUGUGUUCAAAAA